CUUCCUGAAGUCCGGAGGGAAGGUGAUCGACUCUGUCACGUGGCACCAUUACUAUGUGAAUGGCCGGAGUGCAACGAGGGAGGAUUUCCUGAGCCCUGCCGUGCUGGACAGCUUUGCCACAGCUCUGCACCAAGUCCUGGAGAUCGUUGAUGGGACCGUGCCCAACAAGAAGGUCUGGCUGGGAGAGACCAGCUCUGCCUAUGGAGGGGGAGCUCCCAGGCUGUCCAACACUUACAUCGCUGGCUUUAUGUGGUUGGACAAACUUGGGCUCUCAGCCAGGCAGGGGCUCGAUGUGGUGAUGAGACAGGUCUUCUUUGGGGCAGGGUCCUAUCACCUUGUGGAUGCCGACUUGGAGCCGCUGCCGGACUACUGGCUCUCGCUGCUCUAUAAGAAGCUGGUGGGUACCAAGGUGCUGCAGGUUGGCCUGGCAGGAGCCAACAAGAGGAAGCUCCGUGUCUACCUUCACUGCACAAACAGCCUCCACCCAAAGUACAGGGAAGGGGAUGUGACACUGUUUGCCUUAAACCUCUACAACGUCACCCAGCACUUGCAGCUGCCAGCUUACUUAUGGAGCAAGCAGGUGGAUCAGUACCUGCUACUGCCUCAUGGCAAAGAGAACAUACUGUCCAGGUCUAUUGAGCUGAACGGCCGUGUGCUGCGGAUGGUGGACGAGCGAACCCUGCCAGAGCUCAGGGAGGAAGCCCUCGGUCCUGGCAGUGUGCUCGGCCUCCCAGCCCUCCCCUGCGGCUUCUAUGUCAUCAGGAAUGCGAGGUCUGCUGCCUGCCUGUGA